ACACGCCGGAUAUAGACCGCUUACAGUUCACAGGCAUAUACAAAGGAUAUUACCAUAGCAAUAUGUACAAGUUUGCGUUUCUGAUGUGCUCAGCUCUGCUGUUGGCCUAUGCCGUGGCGCGCCCGCAGGAUGCGCGUGCAGCAAAUGCACCAACGACAACGGCAGCCAGCAUUAUCAAGCAGGAUAAUGUGAAUAAUGCCGAUGGCAGCUUCAACAGCAGUUAUGAAACCUCGAAUGGCAUACGCGUGGAGAAUGUGGGCUAUCUGAAGAAGAUUAUUGUGCCCAAGACGGAGACCAGCGACGGUCAGGUCAUCGAUGAGCACGAGGAACUGGUGCUGGUGCAAACUGGAUCCUACAGCUACAGCGAUCCCGAUGGCAACAUCAUUACCCUGCGCUAUGUGGCCGAUGAGAAUGGCUUCCAGCCCCAAGGUGAUCAUUUGCCUGUGGCACCGCAGUAAUUCAUAGAGCGGGCGUAGCUGUAGUUAAGUAAUUAGCACUAAGUUUAAGUAUGUAGUCUAAAAGUGCGCAAGUAUUAGGCACAGCGCUGCUUUCAAUGCCAUAGACAUACUGAACAAAAAAGGAUUCAAUUUAUUAUGUUUUAUUAACGCCAUGACACUGAUAUUAAUGCAAAGAGGAAAGAAAUUAAAAAUAUAUAU